AUGUUAAAUUCACCAGAUCUGGUAGAUUUUGCUGUCACUAUGGGUUUACCAAACAACCACUUAAGAGCUUCAUCUUGUUAUGACCUGUCUUCUGACUAUUCUCCUGUUUUAAUAGAAAUAAGUUCAGAAAUCCUUUACAGAACACCAUCUCCUAUAUUAACUAACAAAUCCGCAAACUGGGAACAAUUUAUAGAAUUACUAACUAAUAAAUUAGAAUUAAAUAUUUCACUAAAAAAAAACCUGGAAAUUGACAAUGCCAUAGAAACCCUUAAUCAAUACAUACAAGAAGUUGCAUGGGAAUCAACGACAAUCAAGGAAAUAAACCGCCCUACUUAUGAACUACCCAAUAAAAGAAAAAAAAUUACUAGCAAACGAAUAUUAAUACAUAAAUGGCAUCUAUUGAAAGCAGCAUAA